AUCCGCAACAUCCAUAUCUCCAGUGCCGUCUACUAAUCAUCAUCGAACAUCCACCCUAUCCUCCGAGCGUCAUUUCCGCCCUCAGACACAUUUGGCAUUUGUCAUCGCAUCUCUGCCGAGUGCGCCCGGAGCCGGGUUGCCGGGCAUGGUGUGGUGGGAUGAGGCUCUGCUCUGCCCUACUGCACGCUUCCCGUCUCAUCCAUCUGUGCGCUCUCUGUGGCACAUCCCGACUUGUGCGAACAAAGACCGAGCCAACUCCUGUGCAUCAUUCUGUCGCGCGUGGUGACACCCGGCGACCGGAGAGCUGUCCCGUAAGCACAGCAGACCUCAUCCCGAGCUUCCGCGGGCAUACACCCACACGCCGUACACCUCACCAUGUCUCGUGUGGUAGGCACAUGGCUCAUUUGUCUUACUACCUUACUCCUAAAUGUCAAUACGCCCGGACGUACUUCGCGAUUGGUCGUGUGAUACGCGUCGUGCUCUUGAUACGCAGACGCCAUGUAAUAUUAUCAUUAAGCACCAUCACGUCUCGUCCCCGAUUGUCAGGACCACCUGCCAUGAUACCAUCAUCUCAUGGAUAACAGCAAACGGUUGAAGGCACUGCGGUUUCGAUCCCCCGGGCUUCACUGCUUCCAAGUAGCAGCGAGAAGUGCCUGCUGGGCCAUGUCGAAGCAGCCGAAACGGAAUGAGUGCAGGGUUUUGUAGAUGAUGUACUGGAUCGUCUCCUCUCAAUUAGCAAGGAAGUUCCAGGCAG